GUUAACCAAAGUGAUCAAUGUAUUGCAGUGUCUUGCCUGUUGAGUAGAUGUUGAUAUACAGUGGAUUAUUGUUUCCAUUCCUCAUGAAGAGGUUCGUAUUAAAAAGUCAAACAACUUUAUAAUGAAUUUAUUUCAUAAAAAAGUUAUUUUUGUGAUCGUGGUUGUUGUUUUAUUGACUUCAAUUCAAAAAUCAGCUGGACUAAAUAUAACUUUGGGUUCUUGUGUUGUGCAAUAUUGGGAAGAGUGCGAAAGUGAAUUUGUUAAAUUUUAUGUCUCAACCAGUGAUCAUCCUCAAUAUGAACCUUAUUUAAUAAAUAGUUCACGAACACUUCUGCCACAGUGGGUUAAUCCCGGUAAUCAGUAUAAAUUGGUCAUACACGGAUAUGGAGGAGGACUUGAAUACGAACAAACUAAGGCAAUUCAUCUUGAAUAUUUAAAGUAUAACUCUACCAAUGUUAUCACUGUUGAUUGGGGCACAUUAGCUGCCGUACCGUGCUACCCUUCAGCUGCUGUAAAUACCAUUCAAGCUGGUGAAUGUAUAGCUACCUUUCUUAUGCAACUUGCUGCCGACAACUCGGAGUUUAAUCCGACAGAGCUGCAUAUAAUUGGAUUUAGCUUAGGUGCACAUGUUGCAGGCUUUGCUAGUAAUGCCUUAGAGAGAUCAACUGGUAAAAAAGUCAGACGUAUAACAGGACUUGAUCCAGCUCUACCAUUCUUUGGAACUUCUCAAAAUGACCUUAAACUCGAUCGAACUGAUGCUGAGUUUGUUGAUGUUGUUCAUACCAAUGCUGGUAUUUAUGGUAAAAUUGAAUCUUGUGGACAUGUGGAUUUCUAUAUGAAUGGUGGUCAGCUUCAACCUGCUUGCAAUGAUAGCAAAAAUAUCCCACUUUGUAGCCAUACGAUGGCACCGGUUUACUUUAAGGAAUCGAUAAAAAGCCCUGACGUUGGUGGCGGCGGCAGUGGCGGUGGUGAUGACUAUGACGAUGGGUUUUGGGGUGUACGAUGCUCCAGCUACUUUCAGUACAUAUUCGGUUGGUGUGGCAAUAGUUCCAAUAUUAUUAAUUCAGAUAUUGCUCUGAUGGGUGAACACUGUUCGAAAGAAUCCCGUGCUUGUAAUAUUUUUGUUCAAUUUUUUACAGCGUUUUCCCAUCUCACAUAUGGUGGUCCAUUGAAAAAUGGGAAAGAAUCUCCACCGCCAGAACAAACAAUGAGUAUUGGACCCUGCAAAUGGAUCAUUAGCCGACAAUGUCCGGAUAAUGAAGUUCAAUUUUAUUUAUUCACACGAAAAAAUAUGAUGGAUCGUCAAAGAAUUUGGAUUGAUACAACUUUAGAGAAAUCAAAUAUUAGUGAUUCAUUUUUCAAUGCAGCACAUCCAACAAAAAUUAUAAUUCAUGGUUAUAAUUCAAAUAUGUUUCUUGAUAUGUUAUUUGAGAUGAAAGAUGAAUAUCUACAAAAAGGUGAAUACAACAUUAUUUACGUUGAUUGGAGUAUCCUUUGCCCCGGUCCUUGUUACAUCAGUUCAGCUCAAAAUACAAAACACAGUGGGGCAUGUACAGCACAAUUAGUGGAACGAAUUAUGGAUUUGGGGUCAACGGAUAUUCAUGUAAUUGGAUUUUCACUUGGUGCUCAAGUUGCCAGUUAUGUAGCCAGAAAUUUGGGAUCAUUUUUGCUUCCAAGAAUAACUGGUCUUGAUCCAGCUAUGCCAUUAUUCAUUACUUCCUCGCUAGAUGAUAAAUUGGAUGCAACUGACGCUGAAUUCGUUGAUGUUAUUCACACAAAUGCCUUUGUCCAGGGAAAACUCGAAAGAUGUGGCCAUUUGGAUUUCUAUAUGAAUGGUGGGGUCUAUCAGCCUGGUUGUACUGGAAACAUCUUUGCAUGCAGUCAUCAGAGAGCACCUGCUUACUUCUUGGAAUCCAUCCGAUCAACCAAAGGUUUCUGGGGUUGGGCUUGUAGUUCGUAUAUUUCAUACUUACUAGGAUUUUGUCCACCAACUAAUUAUUUAGUUGAAGCUGGCGAAAAUGCUAAUCCCAUGUCGAAUGGCCUCUAUCUUAUAACCACCGCAAAUUCUACACCAUUUGCUUUGGGAAAAUGGACAGACUAUCCCGAUAAAUCUAAUAAUGCUGGUUAUACAAUAUCUCAGAAACCUUCUACUCGACAUAGUCCCUUAAUGAAAGAAGUUGACGAAUGGGGAAAACUAGAAGGACAUUUUAAUAAUAUUGAACAUUUUCCAACUCCUUACUCUCAAGAUCCCAAUGGAGAAACUUGGCCAUAUUUUGGACGAUCGGGAACGAAAGAAAUCACAAAAGAACUCAAGGAACCAAUAAAUGAUAGUUCAACAGUAAAAUCAGUAACACAAUAUAAAGGACAAACUUUGGGCACAAGAAAUCGGCCGCCUAUUUUUAUAGAAAGUAAGACUAAGGCGACAUCUCAAUCUAAGGAUGAUAAUUCAAAUUGGACAUCAUAUAGAAAAAAUCUUACAAUGGGUUUUAUUGAUAAAAGUAUAUUUCAAGUGCCUAAAUUAAGUAGUAGUUAGUUAAUUUCAUUGAAGUAAUUCUGCCAAAAUAGUCUAUUUAAAUUAAAAUUAAUUAUACUUAAUAUUAAAAUGUAUUUAUUAUAAUUUUAAGUCUAGCUAAGUUUGCUUUGGGGAAAAUUUAUAAAAAAAUGUUUAUGAAAUAAGUUUUAAAUAAUAAUUUUAAACAAAUGUUAGGUGUCAUAUAAUUUCACACAUCAUACAAAAUGUAACGUUAAGCAUUUUAAUUAUCAAACUUAUUAUUAAUUGGGGAAGGUUUGAGAAAAAUGGGAAUUUAAUAAUAACGUUUACAUUAACAAAUAUGUAUAUAAUUUAAUAAGUUAAAAGAAUAUAAUUUAACGUUUUAAAAACAUGAAGUUUAUAAUCAGAUAUAUUGAAAUAAUUUAUACUUUUGCUUUAUUAUUAUUUAAUAAAAAAAUAAUUUACUAAAUCUCAGUGAUGGUAGAAAGAUUUUCACUUGAUAUUCGAAUAAACUAAAGACUGACGAUCAAGUUCGUGAAAGGCAUUAUUCUGGCCCUUGUGCAACAACAAACUUUUUAAAUAUUUAUGAGAUAAACAAAUUGCAAAAUAGAAUCGUUUUUAAAACAAGUUGAAACUCUAAAGUAAGUACAUAUAUUCAAUAAAAGUUUCUUUUUUAAAAUGCAAUAUAAUGAAAAUAAAUUGCAUGACCUGCUCCUGCAUCCAAAGAGCCUGUUUUAAAAAAGUUCCUAUAAUUUAAGAUUAAAAAAUACACCUGCAAAAUAUGAAUAUGUUACUUGAAUUCUUCAAAAAAGACCUUAAUUUUUGAGAACUAUUUUUGUUUUAAAUCGUUAGAAAUUUUUUAUUAAAAUCUGUUUAAAUUUUAAAAAGAAAAUAAUAGUUCUAUAUGGGUACACUUCUCGAGUAAUACAAAAAUAUUUAUUUGUGUUUGAAAGUUAAGAAAAAAAAUAAAGAACAUUUUGUUGCUUUUGGGAAAAUUAGAAUUUUGGUUUUCAACCAAAAAAUUUGUUUUGGUCCUACCGUUUUUAACCUCCAUAGGACUUCAUUGUAAUCGUUUCGAUUUUUCGAAUUGAAAAUUUUGACAUUUCUUGACGUUUUAAGGUCCCUAGAGUGAAAAUAAAAGAUUUUUGGAAAGAUGUCUGUGCGUGCGUGUGUACCUACGUUCCUACGUGCGUCGCGACGUUUUUCCAUCGUCCAUAGCUUAAGAACCAGUAGAGAUAACAACUUCAAAUAAAUGUUUGUAUACAGGUUAUAAUGCAGAAAGAUGCAGAAAGGGCCCUCAAGAAAAUUAAGAGGGUGGAUUUUUUUACCAUAUCAGUUUAAAAAAAAAAGUUAAAAAUGUUGGUUCACCCUAAAUAUCUUACGAACCAAUGACGCUAGAGACUUGAAUUAAAUUUUAUAUUAUAAAUUGUUACGUGAUACCAAUGAAAUAUAUUUUGGAAAAAAAUAAAAUUAAGGCUUAUUUUAUAAAUCAAAAAUUUGGAAAAGAAUUUGUCACCUCAAAAAUUUUACGAAUAAAAAAUGAUUUUAUCUCCAAAACAAUUUUGUGCACUAAAGACUAACGUUUUCACCAUCUGGUCAUUUUGAGAAAAUCGAAUUGACAAUUUUUUUUUAUAAAGAAAUAAAAAACCUAAAAAAAAACAAUACUCAAAGUUGGUAAAAAUUGGAUUUCGACUGAAAUAUCC